AUGUCUGUCACCACCAAAGCCACCAUCGCCUCCUUCGGCGGCAAGCUGCUCAAGCUUAGCCACAAUGCCACUACCACCCGCUGCGAGAUGAACUUCAAUCUUUACUUGCCCCCACAAGCUCAGACCCAGAUGGUCCCCGUAUUGAUCUAUCUAUCCGGUCUGACCUGCACGGCCGACAACUGCUCAGAGAAGGGCUUCUUCCAGCAUGGUGCUAGCAAGAAGGGAAUUGCCGUGCUUUACCCUGAUACCAGCCCUCGCGGUCUUAACAUUGAAGGCGAGAACGACGCUUACGACUUUGGCUCCGGUGCUGGCUUCUACGUCGAUGCUAUAAAGGCCCCCUACGACCAGGGUUAUAACAUGUACAGCUACGUCACCGAGGAGCUGCCUCAAACCGUCUUUGCUGCUUUCCCGCAGCUAGACUCUAGCCGUGUCAGCAUUACUGGUCACAGCAUGGGUGGACACGGUGCUCUCACUUUGUUCCUCCGCAACCCCGGCAAGUAUAAGUCCGUUUCAGCUUUCGCUCCUAUUGCCAACCCGAUCAACUGUCCCUGGGGCCAGAAGGCCUUCAAGGGCUACUUUGGCGAUGACCAGGCGAAGUGGAAGGAGCAUGAUGCUACUGAGCUGAUUAAGAAGUGGGCUGGUGGUCCUCUCGAUAUCCUGAUUGACGUGGGCACUGGCGACAACUUCUACAAGCAGGGUCAACUCCUCCCCGAGAACUUCGAAGCCGCCGCCAAAGAGGCCGGGGUGAGCGGAUUGAACAUCCGCUACCAGCCCGACUAUGACCACUCGUACUACACGAUGGCGUCCUUUGCCGAUGAUCACGUUGAACAUGCGGCGAAGUAUCUUGCAUAG